UCGCACGCCACUUUCCCUCUCGCAGUUCUCCUAUACCGCUAGUGUCGUCUGGUGGGGAACGGCGACAACUCUCUUAGAUUUCGUCGUCUUUCUAGUAGGCAAAAUGUCAGGGAAACAAAUCGUUAAAAAGAAAAAACUUUCAAUAGAAGAAAAAACAGCCAUUUCGCUGGAAAAAAAACUUGCUCGUGAUAAAAGAAAAGCAGAUGCCAGAUGGUUAAAGCGAAAUCCAUUAAACCUCCCGUUUGUUUCCAGGUAUGGGGAUUUCAAAGAAGAAAAUAAUGAAAUACUUGCCAGAAAAGCUGUUAAUAAAGUUUCUAAAAUGAAAGGAUUGGUAAAUAAAAACCCUGUUGAGGAAAGUGAAACAGACCUUCUGCCUCACAAUGGAAAUGAACUCGAACAACAUUCUUCUACAUCUGCAUAUGAUACGAUGUCUACAGGUGACAGCUGUGCCAUCACAGUAUUGUUGUCAUGUUUACUAAAAAAAAAGGAUGAAGCAGCAGAAGGAGAGAAGGCUGAAAAUUUGUGGAAAGAAAAACAAGAGGAUGUCUACAAGGCUUUCGUAACAUCACAUGCCUCAUCUGCUCAUGGGAGGUUGUGUUCUUCAGAUGGAUGUCUUAAUUUUUUUUUGACCAUGAUAUUCGCUGUGAUGAUUGUAAACGUCACUUCUGCCAUAGCUGCGAUAAAUCCAUUCAUUUUCGGUUACCGUUCUAUAAACGAAUAUGGCUUAAUACGGAAAGCUCUAAGGUAUUGGACCACACACAAUUUAUUAAGGAAAACGGAUCAGUUUCCAAGCAAGGUUCCAGUACCAGUAUUAUUUCUUCAGCUUUCCAAAAGUGUCAAUCGUCUUCUCUUUAAAUUGCUGCUGGAAACGACUUUUGUAUCGUCAUUACUGCGAAUGGAAGGUUUGAUCUAAGUACAGCUUUGUUUUGCUGCAAUUCAUGCGAAUGUACUUUCGAUUCCACACUUGAUGAUUGCAUUCUAUCCGGUUUUUGGCCACCCGUGCCUGACAAGUUCACUUUUCUAUGUUGCAGUCAACUGCUAACUCUGUGGCAUCAUCUAAAAUUGCUUACCCCAGGAACUU